UGGCUCCCGGGAAAGGUUCCAUUCCUAGGGGAUAGAGGGCUGAGUUUUGUAUGCUUCCAUCCAUUCUGCAAGACGCUAAAGGCCCCUCAUCAACCUCUCCUGUGUCCGGGAACACCUCCAUGGUAAUCAUUUUUUCGUUUAUUUGUCUUUUGGAGCUGGAGCGCCUUGCCAGAAGUGGUCGAUUCAGCAGUGUCCCGAAGCUUUUUUGAUGCUGUUGUAGGAUGACACUAGCCUAAGAGCAUCAACACAUCACAAAGUUACAAGAAAUGUUUUAGUGAUUUGAAAAGAAACACCAACAAUAUCCUGAUAUUUGAGCGACUUGUUCGGCGAAAGGAUCACGGUCCAACAAGCAAAGAGGCUUCAGAUUCCUACUCAGUAAAUUCUUCAUGUCGUGCCAACGCAGGACGAGUUGAGGACGGAAACAAGACUUGCGAACUGGGUUUUCUUGUUACAAAUCAAGAAGGAACUCUUCCUGGUGUGUCUUCGAGAUUCUCGGAGACAAGACGCAAGAAACGCGUUUUUAAUUUCACCUUUUUGGCUGGAGCUGUUGUGCAGGCAAACUGUUUCUAAUGUUUGGGAUUCAGGAAAAUAUACCUCGAGGAGGGACGACUAUGAAAGAGGAACCGCUGGGCGGUGGGAUGAAUUCGGUCCGAUCGUGGAUGCACACAGCUGGGGUAGUGGAUGCUCAAACUGCCGCCCAAAGCGGUGUGGGUUUGGCGCGGGCACAUUAUGAAAAGCAACCGCCAUCCAACCUCAGAAAAUCCAAUUUUUUCCACUUCGUCCUGGCUUUGUAUGAUAGACAGGGACAACCCGUGGAAAUCGAAAGGACCGCUUUUGUGGACUUUGUGGAGAAGGAGAAAGAACCAAACAGUGAAAAAACUAACAAUGGGAUACAUUACAAACUCCAGUUAUUGUACAGCAACGGCGUCAGAACAGAACAGGACCUUUACAUACGAUUAAUUGAUUCCAUGACAAAACAGGCUAUUAUUUAUGAAGGCCAAGAUAAAAAUCCAGAAAUGUGCCGUGUCCUUCUUACACACGAAAUCAUGUGCAGCCGGUGUUGUGACAAGAAAAGUUGUGGGAACAGGAACGAGACACCUUCAGAUCCGGUCAUCAUCGACAGAUUCUUUUUGAAAUUCUUCCUCAAGUGCAAUCAGAACUGCUUGAAGAAUGCAGGAAACCCACGAGACAUGCGCAGAUUCCAGGUUGUUGUAUCGACAACCGUUAAUGUGGACGGCCAUGUCCUGGCUGUCUCCGACAACAUGUUUGUACACAACAACUCCAAACACGGCAGAAGGGCUCGACGUCUCGACCCUUCAGAAGGUACGGGUCCUCAUUAUCUGGAGAAUGCAGCUACCCCGUGCAUUAAGGCCAUCAGCCCGAGCGAGGGGUGGACCACGGGCGGCGCCACCGUCAUCCUCAUCGGCGACAACUUCUUCGACGGCCUGCAGGUGGUCUUCGGCACCAUGCUGGUGUGGAGCGAGCUCAUAACGCCGCACGCCAUCCGGGUCCAGACCCCCCCCAGACACAUCCCUGGCGUGGUGGAGGUCACCCUCUCCUACAAGUCCAAGCAGUUCUGCAAAGGGGCGCCGGGGCGAUUCGUCUACACCGCUUUGAAUGAGCCGACUAUCGACUACGGAUUCCAGAGGCUGCAGAAGGUGAUCCCAAGACAUCCAGGCGAUCCGGAGAGGUUACCGAAGGAGGUUCUGUUGAAGAGAGCAGCUGACCUUGUAGAGGCACUGUACGGAAUGCCCCACAACAACCAGGAGAUCAUCCUGAAGCGGGCGGCGGACAUCGCGGAGGCCCUGUACAGCGUGCCCCGCAACCACAACCAGAUCCCCUCGCUGGCCAACACGGCGUCCCACGGCGGCAUGAUGGGAGUCAACUCCUUCGGCAGCCAGCUGGCCGUCAACGUCUCAGAGACAUCUCAGGGUAAUGACUACCUGGUGGGUUACAGCCGCAACACGAGCAGCGUGUCCCCCCGCGGCUACGUCCCCAGCAGCACCCCGCAGCAGUCCAACUACAACACCGUCAGCAACAGCAUGAACGGCUACGGCAACACGGGCAUGCCAAACCUGGGCGUACCCACCUCACCCGGCUUCCUGAACGGUUCCUCUGCCAACUCGCCCUACGGCAGUAAGUAUCAAGUAGUGCCGUCGAGCCCCACAAUGGCAGCCUCUUCGGUCAGCCUCUCUUCAAACUGUAGCAGUACACACGGCAUUUUCUCAUUCUCACCUGCCAAUGUCAUCUCUGCAGUGAAACAAAAGAGCGCCUUUGCCCCCGUUGUCAGACCCCAAGCCUCUCCACCUCCUUCUUGCACCAGUGCAAAUGCCAAUGGACUUCAAGCGAUGUCAGGCCUGGUCGUCCCCCCCAUGUAAAUUGCACUUCCACUCCAUCUCCUCCUCCAGUCUCCAGUCUCCACCGACGGGCUGCAGGGGACAUGUUUAGUACAUUAAAGAAGAUUCUGGUCGAAUCUGUGUCAUCAAUCAUCGUGAAUAAAAUCUACAACUAAUUCUGUUAUUCAGAGGGGAAAAGAGA